AAAGAAAGAGACCAUCACCCCUUCCUCUAAAUAAACACUUACACUUUCUCUUUUCCUUUAUAGAAAGUAAACAAAUAAACCGAUAAAUUGACCAAUUUCUUUCUUUCUCUCUCUAUCACUGCAAGAACAAGCGGAAGUGGAGAGAGGGAGGGGAGGGAUCUUCGGAUCGGGGCAAAAAUGGCGAGGGGGAAGAGGGAGAUGCGGCGGAUCGAGAACACGGCGAGUCGGCAGGUGACGUUCUCGAAGCGCCGCAACGGGCUGCUGAAGAAGGCCUUCGAGCUCUCCGUGCUCUGCGACGCAGAGGUGGCGCUCAUCGUCUUCUCCUCCCGCGGCCACCUCUACGAAUUCGCCACCUCCAGUGUGCAGAAGACAAUUGAUCGGUAUAAAAUGCAUAUGAAAGAGCCAGGGAGUACCAAGAGAGCUGCAGUGGAAAGCAUUCAGCAUUGGAAGUCUGAAACUGCAAGGCUGGCAAAUAAGAUAGAAGUUCUUGAAGCUCAUAAAAGGAAACUCAUGGGUGAAGGUAUAGAGCCGUGUUCGACGGAGGAAUUACGUGAACUAGAGGCUCAAUUAGAGAAAAGUCUUAGCAACGUUCGAGCAACAAAGCAAAAAAUGUUAUUGGAUCACAUUUCAGAGCUAAAAGAACAGGAGAGAAUGGCUUUAAGGGAGAAUGCUGUGCUCCGUGAGAAGUGCAAGGUUGAACCUCUGCUACAGCUAACUAUACCUGAAGGGAUUAAUACCAGUGACCAAGCUAGUCCAAAUGUAGAGGUAGAAACAGAGCUUAUUAUUGGGAGGCCAGGAACCAGCGACUCGCGGUAAAUGACUAGUCGACUUUACAAACAAUCAGUAUAAUGAUACACUACUGUAUCAUUUUGAAAUGACAAAAAUAAGAACUCAAAGGCACAUCAAAUUAAGUAUACUAGCAAUUUAAUUGUCAGCAAUCAUGUCUCCCGACUAAUUCGGGUGUUGUUUAAUCUGUGUGCAAACUAAAGUGAAGAAUCAUGCAACUGGUCUGGUACACUUUAAGAUACAAAAUCCAUAGUGCUCAAGAGGAAGAGCAAAAUUACUCUACAUUGAUAUCCAAUUAGACACUUCUAGUAGACAAAAAGAACUUAAAUCCAAUGUACUUGGUGGAUGUGCACUAUAGUAAGUUAGAAAUAAGUUUCUUACAACUGUAUCUAAACUGUUUUGUAGAUGUCGAAUUUCGGUAUACAUUCAUUGGAUCUAUAUGUUCAUGCUUAUUGAAAAGUUCACUGUUGUUGCAUGUAUGUAAUUGCAGUGUCCAUGUAACCCCCAUACCACAAUUGUUUAAUUGUUCUACCAAAAUAUACAUAUUCUAUA